AGGUCGAGAAACCCCACCCCAUCCCGGCCGGAAAGGGACGGCAUUGGAAAUGCUUCAGAAUUCAGAUCUACACAUGGAAAUCAAGAAGCGGGCGGAGAGGAAGCCAAACUGACAAAGCAAGACACUUUUUGUUCGUAUUUUUUUUUUAUUUGUAUUUUGCUGCUGCGCUGAGAUCUACCACCUGGGAAAAAUGGCGCACCUGGGCCGCUGCUCCUGAGACAGUAUCAUCAAUCUUUCUCCUCCAAUUCGAGAGCGAGUGAGGGCAAAUGCUUCGGAUCUCUCUCGCUCCAGUCCUAGCUCCUCCUUCAGCCUGCAGAUCAAAUCUCCAUUCUCGAUUCGGUUUGAUAGACUCACUCCUUCAGCGAAGAUGUAUAUGGCGUACGGUUGGCCGCAGGUCAUCCCUCUGGACCAAGGAUCUUGCCCUUCCACGCAGCGGAUCAUCUAUCUCAGAAUCAUCAACCGUCUCUUGCUCGUCGUCUCUCCUUCUCACCUCGAGCUCUGGAGCUCCUCUCAGCGGAAAGUGAGGUUGGCCAAGUACAAGAGGGAUGCCAUGUCGGUGGAGAAGGAAGGGGAGAAUUUGCAAGCUGUGUGGAGUCCUGAUUCCAAAUUGAUCGCCAUUCUUGCUCAUGAUCCAAAUUUUGGGGACUUCCUCUUUCUUUCUUCAUAUAUUCAAGGUCCACUUUACAGAGAAAAGAUUACACGUUGGAGGGAAGCAGCCACCAGGGUUGUUCCUGGCUAAUAUAUCUCUUCUACUCAGUGAGCAGGUGCCUUUCGCGGAAAAGGAUUUGACAGUGAGUAACAUCGUGACGGAUAGUAAAUGUAUGCUGCUUGGACUUUCCAAUGGUUCUUUGUAUAGUAUGUCCUGGAAGGCAGAGUUUUAUGGGGCGUUUGAUCUUGAUCCCUAUCAAGGUGAUGCUGGCAAAAUUUCCCAUUCAUCUAAUCCGACGGGAAAUGGCAUCACUUUGGCUGGGGAACCUGGAGGUCUUGUCAGCAACCAUGCCAGGAAGUCUGCCAUUACGACACUGGAACUUUGCUUGCCAAUGAGGUUGUUAAUCGUCUUGUAUUCUGAUGGGCAACUGUGUCAAUGCUCUGUGAGUAAGAAAGGGCUCAAGCAAGUUGACUUUAUUAAAUCAGAGAAAACAUUAGGCUCUGGCGAUGCCGUUUGCAUUUCAGUAGCGUCAGAUCAGCAAAUUCUUGCCGUUGGUAAUAGAAGAGGUGCUAUUGAAUUGUAUGAUCUGACUAACUCCUCACUGAUCCGUACUGUGUCUUUGUACGACUGGGGGUAUUCGGUGGAUCAAACUGGACCAGUCAGUUGUAUUGCCUGGACACCUGAUAAUUCCGCUUUUGCGGUUGGAUGGAAAUUAAGGGGACUUGCAGUUUGGUCUGUCUCUGGUUGUCGUUUAAUGUCAACGGUUCGUCAAAUUGGAUUGAGUAGUGUAUCAUCCCCAGUAGUUAAAUCAAACCCGGAAUGUAAAUAUGAGCCAUUGAUGGGCGGCACCUCAAAAUUACAGUGGGAUGAAUAUGGGUACCGACUGUAUGCAACAGAGGAAGGGUCUCUUGAAAGAAUUAUAGCAUUUUCUUUUGGCAAAUGCUGCCUAAGCCGGGGGGUGUCCGGCAUGACAUAUGUUCGCCAAGUCAUUUAUGGUGAUGAUCGGUUGCUUGUGGUGCAGUCUGAAGAUACUGAUGAACUUAAGAUAUUGCAUUUGAACCUUCCAGUCUCUUAUAUCUCUCAAAAUUGGCCAGUUCAGCAUGUGGCUGCUAGCAAGGAUGGAAUGUACUUGGCUGUUGCUGGUCUACAUGGGUUGAUCUUGUAUGAUAUAAGGUUGAAAAAGUGGAGAGUGUUUGGGGAUAUCAGUCAGGAACAGAAGAUUCAAUGCAAGGGUCUGUUAUGGCUUGGAAAGAUUGUGGUUGUAUGCAACUAUAUUGAUUCUUCUGAUACUUAUGAACUGCUCUUCUACCCAAGGUAUCACCUUGACCAGAGUUCCUUGCUCUGCCGGAAACCAUUGCUCGCCAAGCCUAUGGUGAUGGAUGUUUAUGGAGAUUAUAUACUUGUUACUUAUCGCCCGUUUGAUGUCCACAUAUUUCAUGUGCGGAUAUUUGGUGAACUAACACCAUCAAAUACUCCAGAUCUAGAGCUUUCUACAGUACGGGAACUCUCAAUUAUGACAGCGAAGAGCCAUCCUGCAGCAAUGCGCUUUAUCCCUGAUCAGAUCCCUAGAGAGAGUGCAUUGAACAAUCACGUUUCAUCUACUUCAGAUGUCGAAGCUAGAGAACCUGCAAGAUGUCUGAUACUGAGAGCGAACGGGGAGCUUUCUCUUCUGGAUUUAGAUGAUGGACGUGAAAGGGAACUGACAGACUCAGUUGAACUGUUUUGGGUUACUUGUGGUCAAUCAGAAGAGAAGACAAAUCUAAUUGAGGAAGUAUCUUGGUUGGAUUAUGGUCAUAGAGGAAUGCAGGUAAAUCAAGCAUCUGUCUUUGCUGUUUCUUCAAGUUUCGUGGACUUAGUGCUUGAUUUUGCUUAGCGUCUCUUUCUUUCUGAAGUAAAUGUUUAUUGGAAGCUUACUUUUACAGGUCUGGUAUCCAUCUUCUGGAGCUGACCCUUUCAAACAGGAGGACUUCUUGCAGUUGGAUCCAGAGUUGGAGUUUGAUCGUGAAGUUUAUCCUUUGGGGCUUCUUCCCAAUGUUGGCGUCGUUGUUGGUGUCUCGCAGAGAAUGUCAUUCUCAGCAUGCACUGAAUUCCCUUGCUUUGAGCCUUCUCCUCAAGCCCAAACAAUAUUGCACUGCUUACUUAGACACCUGCUUCAGAGGAACAAAAGUGAAGAAGCUCUACGGUUAGCUCACUUAUCAGCGGAAAAGCCUCAUUUCUCUCACUGUCUAGAGUGGCUUCUCUUUACAGUAUUUGACGCUGAGAUUUCGAGGAAACAUUUGAAUAAGAACCAGUUAUCAGUUCCCAGACAUGUGGGCAGUCAUUCUCUUUUGGACAAAACCUGUGAUCUGAUUAGAAACUUCCCAGAGUACCUUGAUGUGGUAGUAAGUGUUGCAAGAAAAACUGAUGGUCGACACUGGGCUGAUUUGUUCACUGCUGCUGGAAGAUCAACAGAGUUGUUUGAAGAAUGCUUUCAGCGUAGAUGGUAUCGCACUGCGGCAUGCUACAUACUGGUGAUCGCCAAACUGGAAGGCCCUGCUGUCAGUCAGUACUGUGCUUUACGUUUGCUACAGGCUACACUUGAUGAAUCCUUAUAUGAGCUUGCAGGGGAGCUGGUGCGAUUCUUGCUGAGAUCUGGAAAGGAUUAUGAGCCAACAUCACCAGAUUCAGACAAGCCGUCAUCUCCUAGAUUCUUGGGCUAUUUCUUGUUCCGCUCCAGUUACAAGAAGUCGUCUUUGGAUAAGAGCACCUCAUACAAAGAGCAGAAUGCUCAUAUUGCCUCAGUCAAGAACAUUUUAGAGAGCCAUGCUAGCUAUCUGAUGUCUGGAAAGGAGCUUUCCAAGCUGGUUGCUUUUGUAAAAGGCACUCAAUUUGAUUUAGUGGAAUAUUUGCAAAGAGAGCGAUAUGGCUCGGCUCGAUUGGAGAAUUUUGCGUCAGGGUUGGAACUAAUUGGACAGAAGCUUCAAAUGGGUACACUUCAGAGCCGGUUAGAUGCAGAGUUUCUAUUGGCUCACAUGUGUUCUGUCAAGUUCAAGGAAUGGAUAGUUGUUUUGGCCACCCUUUUAAGACGAUCAGAGGUACUUUUUGAUCUUUUCGAGCAUGAUGCACGAUUAUGGAAAGCAUAUAGCAUCACUCUUCAGUCACACCCCACAUUUGCCGAGUACAACGACCUUGUUCAAGCAUUGGAAGAACGGCUAUCUUCAUCCUCGAAUCCAGAACGCAUAUGACGAGAUGAACUGAGAAGCAACAUUUUCAACGUGGCUCUGUUUGGUGGAUGAGUUGGAAAGCAAAGAUGAAGGGAGAGAUGAGAUUCUUGGUUGCGUUCUCAGAGGACUACUCUCUCGGUCUAUUCUUACCUUACCAUGCAGGCAAAUUAUAUUUCGUGUAGAUACUAAAAGUGACAUAUAAUCUUCUGUUGGAAUCCUUCCUCCUAAAUUUUCCAUUCCAGUCUUUGAUUCUUCUUUUUUUGGCCGAUUGGUCUUGUGCUCUCGUAGCUUUGGCAUCUGUGUAUAAGUAUAUUGUUGUCUUUUUACUUUACAUCUCCUGUUGUACAAACAUAGUUUCUGAGAAGCUGAAAUAAUCUCUAGUCCGUUCACAAUCAACCACUAAUAAAUCUUUGUAUUCCUG